AUGGAUAAAUAUGAGCUACGUUGGGGUAGGGUGUUUAGUCGCCGGGAGGAGGAACGAGCACGAGGUGAGCCGUCACGCGAGCGCGGGCAAUCUCUGGAGCGCUCGCCGCGAAGGCCGGCAUUUCGCGCAGAUAGAGUCCCUGUCGCUGGGGACCGACGGGCGGAAGAGAGGCCUAGCGUGGCAGCGAGUGGAGAAGGAUACGCCGCAAGCGCGGACGGAGACGUGUGGCGAAGAGGGCAUGAUCGCGGAGAUGGAUACGGGAGCGGAGACCGACGCGCUGUGGGAGUGUUCCGCUCGCCGGAAGAGCGCGGGCGCCGCCGUGAUGAGAGGGGCUGUUGGCAGGGCGUCGAGCAAUUCGACGCCAACCAAGGAGGGGAGGCCGCAGAAAAGGAAGCGUGGGAGACGUCCGGCGAGGAAGAGGCAGAGGAGGACGCAGCGAACCUGGAACAGGCGGUCGAAGACGCCAACGGAGAAGAUGACGGCGAGGAACCCGCGGCUGGGCUCGGAAGCGCCAAGCCUGAAGAGGCGGACGUUGCCGGGGGCGCAAGCCAGGCAGGGGCGGAAGGAUCGCGGUCGGGACGGUCGGAAUCACGCGGCCGCGACGCAAGCCGCCAGGAGGAGCAUUACGCGGAGAGGUCGCGCACAAGGGGGCUGGGGCGAAGACGGCGCACGAUCGCCGGACAGGCAGCUGAUGCACAAGGGAGGAUGGGAGGGCGAGCCACGCGCAGCCAGCCACCACUGGCGGCGGGAAGAAGGACGCGAGGAGGGGCCCAGCUCAUCAGAGAGGCGCGGCCAGCGGCAAGAGGGGCGCGGCGGGGAGGCACGGACGUGUGGCCCGCAAGCGCAAUGGGAGAGGAGGGUGAGCGGCGGAUUCCGCUCGCCUCUCGUCCGGCAGCAGCGGGGAAGAGAAGGCGGCGGAGACAGGCGCUCGCCCGGAGAUCGUCAGCAGCAAGGAAGGGGAGAAGCAUGGGAACCGUCGCCAGAGAGGCAGCGGCAGCGAGAGACGAGCACGGCGAGGUGGAGAGAGACACGAGUCUCGCCGGCACGAACGCGAGGGCGUGCGGGGGAGGAGAGGGGCCCGAGAGAAAGGCACGGUGA